UUCUCGCGUAGACGGUUGUUUUUUGGUAUCGUAUGUCAAGAUGCUAAACGGAAAAUUCUAUACGGGUUUGCCACCAAAUAUGAUUGAACGCGGCAGUACCCAACGCAAUCGCCUGCAAUCAAGUAUUUUCUGGCCUGAUGACACCAAAGUCGAUUCGGCGUUGGAGACGCGCGUCAAACGACGUAACAGCUUACAAAUUGCACAAGCCGAACGCCCACAACUUCGCAUGCAAUCAUCGGUGAGCGGUAGUGGCGAUGCAGAUGUGAAUACAAAACACUUAUUCCAAAAAGAAUUUUCAAAAUCAUCAAUUGAAUUUCUGGAUAAUCUAUGCGAUGAAAUAAAACCAAGAAAGCCAUUGCUUUUCAGAGGCAACAGGAGCGCUAGUAGUGAGGUAACAGCUAAGCCGACAGCUCUGAAAUUGCCACUGCCGGAGAAUGUGGUGAAUACGGGUUACACCACCGCCAAGAAAAAACAAGCCUUCACAUCGAAAAUCGAAUUCUACGACUAUGCGGGUGAUGAGUUAAAUAAUCGCAAUAAUUUGAGACGCGCAAAAAUGGAUAUGAACGAUAAGAAGGAGAUGGAGCGGAAUACGAAGAACAGUCCGAAGUUGCAAGUGAAAAACAAUAUGCACAGUUUGAGCACGAACGAAAAGCUGUAUCCCGCAGAACGCCGUGAGAAAGUUGAGAUAGAGAGAAUGAAGAAUACCAAUUUUAAGGAUGAUGUUGAAAUAGCACACAAAAAUAAUAUGUACGACGAGGUGGAUGACAGAGAAUAUGGCCGAUAUGCGGGCAGAGGAUUUGAUGAAGAAUUCGAAGAUAGUGGCAGAGAUUUGUUGGCAAAUAAGACAAACUUGCGAUUGCGCGAGAAACGUCUUAGAGACGAACGCUUGCGUGAGCUGAACUAUUUGGAAAGUAGAAGAACUGUGAGUCCUGAGCACAGUUAUAGGCGUGAGCAUCGUUUUCGUGAGGCUUACGAAGAUGACUAUGAGUUGCCCGAUUAUGCACCCAGCGCACGGUAUGGUGUGGCAGUGCGACGCUCCAAUAGUGUCGGACGUUUUACGAGUCCACCUAAACGUAUACUAAGAAAUCCCAUAAGAGAACGUAGAUAUAACAGUGACUAUGGCCAUGAUGGCUAUAGAAACAGUGAAGUUAAUAGAGGCAAUGACCGCUACAGGGAUAAUAAAAUACGCAACAACAGAGAUUUCAACGAUGCAGAUGCUGAUGCCGAUGUGGAUUAUAUAGAGGGUUGCAUGAGGAAUGCGCGCAUUCGUACAUCACCAAAAAAGCAUGUCACCUAUAGCGAUGACACCUACUCGCACGAUGAUGAAAUGCCAAGUCAGUCACAACGACCUCUGGCGAAGAGCGAGUCGUCGCAAAACCGCGCACCGCCACAUAUGCGCACCGGAAGCGGCCAGCUACGACAUUACAAUAGCGAAAUUGAUUUCGUGGAGGAUGCUAAUGAAGCGUUGGAGGAAAAAUUUAUGGAAAACGACAUGCGCGGUAAUGUAACAACAAUCAAGCCAUUAAAUGUCGGCAGCAGUUACAUUGCUAAAAGUAAUAAUAGAGUUGAAGAGCGCAACAGUUUGGCUAAUAAAAUAAAUAACAACAAGAAUGCGAACUACAAUAAUACGACAAGUAGACUCAAUAAUCAAACAAUCGCGUCAGCUGCACGGAAAAUCACACCAAAAAUGCCAAAUGUCGUAACAACAAAGCAAAGCGCCGACACAACAACGAACGGAGCUGUGGAAGCUGCUGAAGCGGUGGGAACUGAUGUGAAAAAACAUUUGCGCAGCAGUCUCUGCCUUCACAAUGGCGAGAUUAUAGCUAGCGAUGACGGCGGUGCGACGUCUGCAAAAGCACCCACGCGCAAUGCGCGCAGCACAGCGACGCGUCAGCGCGUUAGUGUGGGUCUGCCCGAUUAAUAAUCUGAGUUGUACUCGGCGCGAUGGCGCAGCUGAACGCGCAGUUGUAAUUUAAAGUUUAUUACUGCAAACUGCUUACACAUCUACAUGUGUAUGUAUACAUUGGUGUGGAGUACCGCGGGCAUAGUGAAUGGCUAAAACGUUGCACCCCCAAAGGCGCGCGCCCGCUAUUACAUUGAACGUAAUAAUCCUAAUACAUAUAAUACUAUCUGAGCCAAGUAGUAGUGGUUUUUGUUUUUGUUUUUGCCUUAACAUGUAUUGAAUUUAAGUGGAAAAUUAACAAAGUGACUUUAAGUAUUGCACAUGCAAAUUAAUUUUUUUUUCUUUUAAUUCAAACACAUGUGCUAGCACAUAUGUGCACAUCUAAGUAUGUAUGCUUCAGUACAUAUGUAUACUACAUACAUACUUAUACAUUCAUAUAUUCAAAACAAAGUAUAUGAAUGAACAAAAAUGAGGUUUGGUUGUGUUUGUUUGGAACUCAACUUUUUUAUGGAGUUGCGCGAUGUUGAAGAAUGAAGUCAUGUAUGGCGCAACCUACACAGAAUUCAAAGAGCACUCACUUGUAAAUAGUUGUAUGUAAAAAUACUACACCAAUAUGUUAAUAAUUUUGAUGCUGUUCUUAACUCUCAGUUUAAUUGAUUACACAUAUGUACAUACACACAACAAUGUGGCCAAAAACAAAUAAUCGUUUAAAUCGUAUUUUGAGUAUCGAAUUGUGUUUUGGUUUGUUGUUUCUUGUUUCAUUUUGCACUGGCUGAUGUGCAUAGCUGUAUUGGGCGCGCUGAAGGCUACAUUCCACUAAUUUGUAUAUUCAAAUUUUUAUUUUACAGUAUAGCUAACAAAAUUUACCUAAAGUUUUUCGAUUAGAACGCAAAAUUCAUGGUCCAACACAAAUUUAUUAUAAUAAAUGAUACGAUAUAGUAUAUAUAAAUGUGUUGACUGUAACUUAGGAAGGUAUUAGUCCAGAUUCUUGGCCGCGGCCUUGCUUGCCUCAUAGGAAGUAGACAGGCCGUAUCAGCAGUAUCUUUUAUAUAGCUGACAUUUAAAUUAAUCAAACAUUUUACU